GGCGCUGCCCGGCCUCUGCCACCCGCUGCCGCUCGGGAACUGGUGCGGCGCCCCCUGUCGGCCGGGAGGAGCAGGAAGGAGCAUUGGAAGCUGCUAGGCAACCUGAAAACCACAGUUGAAGGUUUGGUGUCCACCAGCAACCCGAAUGUUUGGUCCAAGUAUGGCGGCUUGGAACGGCUCUGCAGAGACAUGCACAGCAUCCUCUACCAUGGGCUCAUCCACGACAAGGUGUGCUGCAGACAGAAGGAUUACUGGCAGUUUGUGAAGGACAUUCGUUGGCUGAGUCCAGGCUCUGCUCAUCACCUGGAGAAGUUCAUCAGCCUGCAGGAGAGCAGCCAGCCCAACCCCGAGGGCCUGGGGGACCAGGCCAUUGCGCAGCUGUGGCUACAGCACAGCCUGCAGUGCCACUGCCUGUCCGUGCAGCUCAGACCACUCCUGGGGAACCGGCAGUACAUCAGGAAGUUCUACACAGACACUGCCUUCCUGCUCAGUGACGGCCACGUCACGGCCAUGCUGCAGUGCUUGGAGGCUGUUGAACAGAACAACCCCAGGCUUCUGGCUCAGAUUGACACCUCCAUGCUGGCUGGCACGUCACUGCCAUCCGUGUGCACAUCAGGUCCUGCUGGGACAAGAGACGUGUGUGACCAUGGUGCUGAAGGACAGGAGAGCCACCUUCCUGGGGCACUGGGCUGCCUGGACCAUUUCACUGGGAGCCUGCUUAACAGGAAGAGUAACAGUCCUCCUCCAGUGACCAAGAGUCAGAGCCUGACUGCCCUCCCUGCAUCCCCAUAUGUCCCCACUGCAGGCUGCGUGCAGCAGCGCUGCUUUGGGUCCUUCUCCAGCCUGCACCAUCCAGUCUCCUCCAGCCUUGCAGACAGGAGACCAGUGAGUCCCUCCAUCAGCUCCAGUGCCAGUCAGUCCCAGGAGCGCUGCCCGUCAACCCGGUCCUCUUCCUUCAGCGAGGGCAGGUCACCUCUGGAGCAGCCUGACUCUGUCACUCACUUCCACACUCCAUCACCCAAAGACCCCUUCUCUCUGACCAGCGAGAUGAGCUCCAGUACCACCAGCCAGAGCGAGGACACCUGUACAGGGAGUCAGGAUGACUCACAGAGCGAUGUGAACGAUGGGCCAGAGUACCUGGCCAUUGGGAACUUGGGACGCCGGGGCCGGGCAUGCAGCAGCACCAGCACCAGCAGCACCAAGAGCAGUAGUUCCAAACUCUUCUCCUCCAGCAGCUCUCAGAAGCUGGACUCAGUCUCAUCCCUGGGAGAGCAGGGAGCAAGCGGAGGUGGCAGCAGGGGCCUGAGCCUGUUGCGCCGGUCCAGCUUCUCAGAGGGCCAGUCGGCAGCUCCGCAGGGCAUCCUCAAGAAGAGCCACGUGCGCUCACACUCUGACACCAAUGUGGCUUCGGGGAAGUUGCACGAGUCCCAUGGCGAUCCAGGCGGGGGGAGAGGGCCAGUCUCUGCUUCCACCCAGAGCAGUGAGCUGAGCACACCCAGCUCCCUCUACAUGGAGUAUGACUCUGGACAGUACCUGAGCUCGGGGGAAGGGAUGUUCAGAAGACCCUCAGAAGGGCAGUCUCUCAUCAGUUAUCUCUCUGAGCAGGACUUUGGCAGCUGUGCAGACCUGGAGAAGGAGAAUGCCCACUUCAGCAUCUCGGAGUCCCUGAUCGCUGCCAUUGAGCUGAUGAAAUGCAACAUGAUGAGCCGGCAGCUGGAGGAGGAGGAGGAGGAAGACAGCGACAGGGAGAUCCAGGAGCUGAAACAAAAGAUUCGCAUUCGACGGCAGCAGAUCCGCACCAGGCACAUGUUCCCUACCUGCCAGGAGAUGGGCUCAGACAGUGUUGUGGUGACAGACAGUGGGUCCCAGUUCAGCUCCCAUGGCUCCCUGUGGCUCUCUGACUCUGGCUCCGCGGAGGAUGUGGAAGAAUAUGAGAUCCGAGAUGGUAACGAUGGAUCUAACCUGAUUCAAAUGUCCAACAACGGCCUCUCAGUGUCAAUGGCUUCCUUGUUCUCAGAUGCAGACAUCAAGAGGAACCCAGACUACAGCAGGAAGUCCUUUCUCUCCUCAGAGUCCAUGUCCCAUUCCUUCCUCAGUUCUAACUCAGCAGAUGCUGUGGCCAUGGGCUUGCUGAAGCAGUUUGAGGGCAUGCAGCUCCCGGCCGCCUCUGAGUUGGAGUGGCUGGUCCCUGAGCACGAUGCCCCGCAGAAGCUCCUGCCCAUCCCCGACUCUCUGCCCAUCUCUCCUGAUGAUGGUGAACACGCCGACAUCUACAAGCUGAGGAUUCGGGUGCGUGGAAACCUGGAGUGGGCCCCACCACGGCCGCAGAUCAUCUUCAACAUCCACCCAGCCCCAACGAGGAAGGUGGCCGUGGCCAAGCAGAACUACCGGUGUGCAGGCUGUGGCAUCCGGACUGAUCCUGAUUACAUCAAGCGGCUGCGCUACUGUGAGUACCUGGGGAAGUACUUCUGCCAGUGCUGCCAUGAGAAUGCCCAAACCAUCAUCCCCAGCCGCAUCCUGCGCAAGUGGGACUUCAGCAAGUACUACGUGAGCAACUUCUCCAAAGACCUGCUGAGCAAGAUCUGGAGUGACCCACUUUUCAACGUGCAGGAUAUCAAUCCUUCCCUGUACCGCAAAGUGAAGUCUCUCAACCAAGUGUGGCUGCUGCGAAUCCAGCUUUUCCACAUGAAGAACAUGUUUAAGACGUGCCGGCUGGCAAAAGACCUCCUAGACUCCUUUGAUGCAGUGCCUGGCCACUUGACGGAGGAUUUGCACCUCUAUUCACUGAAUGACCUCAGUGCCAUCAAGAAAGGGGACCUGGUGCCUCGCCUCACAGAGCUCUUGAAAGCAGGCAGCUUGCAUGUUGAGAAGUGUAUGCUCUGCCAAGCCAAGGGCUUCAUCUGCGAGUUCUGCCAGAAUGAGGAUGACAUCAUCUUCCCCUUUGAGCUCAACAAGUGCAGGACAUGUGAAGAAUGCAAAGCCUGCUACCACAAGUCCUGCUUCAAAUCCACCCGCUGUCCUCGCUGUGAGCGGCUUCAGGCCCGGAGGGAGCUGCUGGCCAAGCAGAGCAUGGAGUCCUACAUCUCGGACUACGAAGACGAGCUGGAGGAACCGGAGGUGGUGGCAGCCACAUGAGACGUUGCAGCGGAGGAGCAGAUCAUGGGUUCAUUUACAUGUGUGGCCUUUGUCACCAGAGACUGAGCCACACAGACUGGAGAUGAGGGCUGCCAGGAGCACUGUCCCCAAGGGUUGUUUUCCCCCAUGCUUAGUGCAGGGCUGGGAAAGGGGCAUCUUCCAUCAUCUAGGUCUGCUCCAGGUGCUGCUUGAAGUCCCUGAUGCCUUUUCCGAGCAGUUGUUUGUGCAGGACCAGGCAGGGCUGUGCUGCCAGUCCCCUUCCCUGCUCCUCAGCAGUAUCUCUGGGGGAACUCAGCACUUUCUGCCCAUCAGCUGUAUACUAGGAAGCUCUGGCCACGUCUGCUGCUUGGAGGAGGGAAUCAACUCUCUGAGUGCUCCGUCCUGCUGCUGGGGGUUGUGUGCAUGGAGGGAAGGGUGGGGGGUUGGGGUUGGUUGUACAUUUAACAGCUCCCUUUCUCACAUGUGGCUCGGGACACUGCGAGAGAGCAGUUGCUCUCACUUGAGGAUCAGAGCAGAGGAGGUGGCAGUGGUGCCAACGCCAGGCUGGUGCCUCUCCUCUCGGUGCUGUCUGUGCUGAGCUGCUCUCCCUGUGCUGCCGAGGGGCUUUGCCUCUGGAGCAGCCACACGAGGGGGCCGGUGCUGCAGGGCUUUGGGCGGCAGUGGAUCCGUGGCUGGAGGAUGCGGUAGGCAAAGCUUCCAACCCCCCUUCCUCCUCCUCCUCUGUCCUCCCUGGGGAACAUAUCCUCCUUUAAGGGUGACAUGGGACCUCACUCUGGUGGCACCAACACCCACCUUGUGUGCAGCCUUCUGCCUGAGGCCUGGUGGAUGCAGGGGAAGGCUCAGCCUCCAGCUGCCUCCCCUGAGCCUCUGUCUUUGUCCUCAUAGGGUUUUUGGUUUUUAAUCUACUGGAUUUAGUUGUGUCUUGUUUUAAGGCGGUUGUUUGUAUUUUUAACUCCGUGUUCUCCCCCCAAGAAGGUGCUGCUUGAAGUGCCUCUUUAGGGGACGUGUGAUCUGCUUGGGACUCACCAGUAUAAAACCUCCAGGGCUGUCCUGUUCCUCAUUCCUCACCCCUGGACAGGGCUGGCAUUUGCCAGCUCUCUCCUUUCCCACCAGAUCUCCAGCUCUCCAGCCCUGAGCCAGGCAAAGCCUCAAGGCAUCCCAGCUGCAGUGAAGCAGGGUGGCCAGGCAGCCUGUGCAAUAUGGGGGCUUGCAUGGGGGAGAGGGAUUUGGCACUGUGGUGCUGCAGAGGGUUAGUCCCUCCCCAGUGCAGGGCUGCCUGCCCAAACUGACGGCUCUGCAGGGUAGGACCCAACAGUACAAGCUGAGCUCUGUGACCAGUUGAGGAGGUGCCUGUGCAUGGCAGAGGGAUGCUUUAGCUCGUGGCACAGAUGAAUAUCCCCAUCACCCUAGCAUGGGUGGGAUGGGGGUGGCAGGGGGGUGUUUGGAAGGAUGGUGUGGCCUGUGUAUGUGCAAGAAGGGCAUUGAAGGACUGGGGAGCAAUGCACUGGCAGAAGACAUCCAGGGCCAAUGGCUCCUGCCAUGCCUGCCCUGACUUGAGGCUGGUAUGUGACCCCUCCUGGGCUGUCCCAGUGGGGGUAGCAGGAACAGAGGGAGAGGCUUGAGACCAGGAGAGGUAGUGAUGGGGUUCAGUUGGGGUGGGUGGCUGCAAGCCCUGCUGCUGGGGGCCAGGCUCCUGCAUGGCAGCAUCUCUCCCCUGCCUGCAGCAUCCUGACAAAGUCAGGUGUAGCCCAGGAAAGGAAAUUAGCUCCCUGCUUGCACCCCUGGUGUUUUUGCAGCCUCCUGUCUUGCUUCUGCUUCUUUUCCCCAGGGGAGCAGCUGCUCUUCUGCUCGCUCUCCAUCUCUGCACUGACAUCUCUGGCACUGGUCCACCUUGGCCUUGUGUGUUCCCAACUCCAAGCUGAGCCCUCCUGCUGCUGCCUGGAGCUGGCACCCUCUUCCCUGGAGCUGCUUCAGCAGCACACCUCCAUCCACCCUGUUUUGUUUGAAGCACUUUAAUGUCAUGGACAGCAGAUGAGAGGCUGCUCACGUCCCUUUCUAGAAGCACUGAGUACAUUUAGAGAAGAGGGAAGGGAUUUUGGCCUUUUUUGUGGUUUCUACCCUCCACCAUGGACUUUGGCAGCAAUGAGACUUGCAAACCCAGCGGAGAUCUCCAGGGCAGAGUGGUGCCCAGCACUGACUGCUACAAGUGACACUGGAACUGGCUGAGGCAGUGAGCUCUUUGUAAGGGAGAGCAAGGCUCUUCCCGGCCAUCAAUUGGAGCUCUCCCACGGGACUAUUGCACAGCGUAGCAACAAAAAUGCCGUCCCUAAUAAACUACCUUAAUAAGGGG